UCACAGGCAUAUCACGGCACUCGAAUGCAUCUGCCUCUUCCUCUCGGUCCAGUGCUGCAGGAGCUGCCCCCAUGGAUAUGCAGAUGGACCCAACGCCUCACAUGGCAGCACCAUCGUCUCGCAAAUCAGCAGCAGCGCUAGCACGAGCAGGGUCAGCCGCAGCAUCCAUGGCAACAGCAGGACCCGCCUCGCCCCACGACCCCAGUGCAGGCUACUCCAGGACCAGGAGGCAAUAUGGCUCGAAACGGAAGAUACCCAAUGGAUUCGGGGGGUUAUUCGGUGCAUUGAGAGGUCGGCUCGUUGAUUUGAUUUUGCUGCUGUACUUCUUGGCUGCAACUGCCAUUGCUGGUGACUCGGAGGUCGGUUUCUGCUGCUGCUGCGUGUUGAAGGAGCCAAGUACCAGCGGUCCCUUCAGCCAAUACCAGCAGCCCCCUGCUCACUAACCACCACAUCAUCUCACUACUUACAACAACCCUCCAGCUUAUCCAUUUAAUGAAUUUUCUGGGGUCCCUUGUCUUGAACAUGGCUGAGUGUUGUGGCAAUGCCACUUGUGGUUGCAGACAUCUUUGUGCAGUACUGGAAGGUCAAGCAGGCUGUUUAAUAGUCAUUGUUAUAUGAGAGUAUUGGCGUUUCU